UUGAGGUGCGUCCCCAGGUCUCCGGUUCAUGCCGUCGCCGGCUGGCGGCUGCCCCUUGUCGGAAUAGAAGCGGGCAGGCGGCGGCUGCCGGAAGACCAGCGCCGCCGUUCCUCCUUCUGCGGCCCACAUUGUCCGCUCCACCCUGGGGCGAUACCAACAUGUUGGGUUCAAGAGUAUUUCAAAUCACACCCGACGAGGCAAGAUUAGGGAAGAUCAUUGGCAUAUUUAGCAUCUUGAUUGCAGACCGUCCUGAAGAUGGCAAGCAGAGAGACAGGCGAGCUUUGGGAGGUUCCACCUGAAUACUUGAUGGAUGCUGGAAGAAAGCUUUUUUUAUCUAGCACCUCUUCCGGCUGAGACAGGAUUCAGUAGCCUGGCACACACCUCCCAGGAUGUCAAAAUCACUGGGGCGACUGAGGAAGUAGCUCUUCGAUGGAUGGAUCAGGUUCAUCAUGUUAUUAGCUACUCUCUCUCCGAUCUAUAAUAAGUGUCUCAGAUUUUGUACUAACUUAGUACAAAGUUAUACUAAAUGUGAGACAUUUAUUAUGAAUCGGAGGGUGUAGCUUCCUGCUGCUGAUUCUUUGGAAUGUGUAGAACUGGUAUUUUUAAAUCUGUCAUUGUUUUACAUAAAGUAGGAGAUAAGAUGCUGGUCUAUGAUUUGGUUGAUUUAGCUAUGCUCAAUUUCUUAGUAUGGUUCCGGGUCAUGACUUGGUUACUUUACAACAUUUAGCUGGGAUCUUGCAGUACGCUGCACCCAGCAUCAUCAUGUCGUGUGUUUGUCCGUGUCGUGUCUGCCUGUCAACCGUUCGACGUAUACUCCCGGAGAAUUAUUUUUCAGAGAGUCCUCAGUUCUUACGUCAAAUGGUGACAAUUUUGACGGACAACAAAUGGGGACAAUGAUCCAGAUGAUUUUGCCAUUGUUUCUGCAAGUCAAUAGCCCAUGGAGAAGAUUAUCCGGAUAGAUCAGGGCCGCACCACCAAUCCGGAGUUUUUCUGUUAAGACAGAUAAGAUACUCUCUGGCAUGCGCUGCUGACAGAGAAGACGUGAAACAAACGAAUAAACUGCUUUGCGACUUGCGAGCGAAUACCAACUAACAGGAGUUGGAAGUGGCGGCCCAAGCCAUGGCGACGCCCUGCCGCCUCCUGCUGAUCCUGCUCGGCAUCGUCGCCGUCGCCGUCGCGGCGCCUCACCCGGCGCACGAGUUCUGCGCGGCCGCGGCAGGAGGAGGAGGCGCCGGCAGCUGUGGAGGGGACGGCACGAGGAUCCUGAUCAAGGGCGGGACGGUGGUGAACGCGCACCGGGCGGAGGUGGCCGACGUGUACGUCGAGGACGGCGUGGUCGUCGCCGUCCGCCCAAACAUCCCGGUUGGUGAAGAUAAUGUCAAAGUGAUUGAUGCAACCGGAAAAUAUGUCAUGCCAGGUGGAAUUGACCCUCACACGCACCUGGAGAUGGAGUUCAUGGGAACUGUAACCAUAGAUGACUUCUUUAGCGGUCAUGCUGCAGCACUGGCUGGUGGGACAACGAUGCACAUUGACUUUGUCAUUCCAGUAAAUGGAAACUUAACUGCAGGCUUGGAAUCCUACAAACACAAAGCAGAAAAGUCUGCUAUGGAUUAUGGAUUUCACAUGGCCAUUACGAAGUGGAAUGAUGAGGUUUCAAAGGAAAUGGAAGUGAUGGUUAAGGAACAUGGGAUCAAUUCUUUCAAGUUCUUCAUGGCGUACAAAGGUUCCUUGAUGGUCACCGAUGACCUCCUCUUGCAAGGUCUACAGAAAUGCAAGUCUCUUGGUGCGCUGGCUAUGGUUCAUGCAGAGAACGGGGAUGCUGUUGCUGAGGGACAACAGCGGAUGAUUGAUCUUGGGAUAACUGGUCCUGAAGGGCAUGCUCUCUCAAGACCUCCAGUUUUGGAAGGUGAAGCUACUUCCCGGGCAAUUCGAUUGGCAAAAUUCAUCAAUACACCGCUGUAUGUUGUUCAUGUGAUGAGCAUUGAUGCAAUGGAAGAGAUUGCCAAGGCUAAAAGAGAAGGGCAGAGAGUCAUCGGCGAACCUGUGGUAUCUGGGCUUGUCCUUGAUGAUUCUUGGCUUUGGGAUCCUGACUUCGCAACUGCUUCAAAGUAUGUGAUGAGUCCUCCAAUCCGGGAAGCAGGGCACAAUAAAGCACUUCAAGCUGCCCUUUCAUCAGGAAUAUUACAGCUUGUGGGAACUGAUCAUUGCACCUUCAAUUCCACUCAGAAAGCUUUCGGUUCUGAUGAUUUCAGGAAGAUCCCCAAUGGUGUAAAUGGUAUUGAGGAAAGGAUGCAUAUAAUUUGGGAUAGUAUGGUGGAGACUGGCAAGAUAACUGUCACUGAUUAUGUGAGAGUGACUAGCACAGAAUGCGCCAAGAUCUUCAACAUAUACCCUCAGAAAGGAGCAAUCAUGGAGGGAUCUGAUGCGGACAUCAUCAUCCUAAACCCCAAAGGGAGCUUUGUGAUGGGUGCCCACACACACCAUUCAAGGUCCAACACAAACGUGUACGAGGGCAGAAAAGGAAAGGGAAUGGUUGAGGUCACCAUAUCAAGGGGGAGAGUGGUAUGGGAAGAUGGCACUCUGAAUGUUGCGGCCGGUUCAGGAAGAUACAUCAGGACGCCGCCUUUCGGCUACCUCUUCGAUGGCAUUGAGAAAUCAGAUGCUGCCUACAGAGCUUCCCUCCGUGCUCCUGUACAACGUAGUAAAGCUGCUGCUUAA